AAACACCAACGCGGAAGUUUACCCCCGGUGUCACGGACAGUAAAAAGCUAUGGCGGGGGACGCCUCAACGGAGCUUCUUUUUCUUGACACGUUUAAGCACCAGAGUGCAGAGCUUACAAACGUUGAUGUGGUGAGGUUUCCCUGCGGGGUGCUGAUUACAGAGGUGAGGGUCAUUCCUCCUGGAAUCAAAGCGCACAGCAACUUACCUGACAACAGAGCUUUUGGGGAGACGUCUCCUCAUGCCUUCCAGUUGGAGCUGUUCUUCAACAAUGUCACCAAACCCAACAACCCAACGUUUCAUCGACUGGGCAGCUUGGAGUAUGAUGAGAACAAGUCCAUUGUGUUCAGGCCCAGUGGAAAGGUUAACACAGAUGGCCUCGUGCUGCGUGGCUGGUACACCAGUCUGACUUUAGCAGUAUACGGGACAGCAGAGCGAUCACAUGGACAUGACCAAGGCUCACCCCCACCCCCACCCCCACCACCCCCUCAACAGCCAAGCGGGCCCAAGAGAAUCAGUAAGCAAGAGUGGGAAAAAGACGACCAGUACAAUGGAAGUCCUCCCAGACCAGCACCCAGAGGGCCUCGAACUCCACCUGGACCACCACCCCCGGAUGAUGAUGAUGAAGAGCAGGUCCAGGUGACAGUGGAUAUACUCAAAGAAGAGCCCUGCCAGGGCCGAGAUGACUACCUGGAGGCCGUCUCACCUGAACGUUCACUGCCUGCUGAUGAGGCUUAUUCAGAUGUCGAACAAGAGGAAGAAGGUGAGGAGGAGGAAGAGGAGGAGCCAGAGGAGGAGGAAGAUGUAAGGACUGAAGGGAGCAUCCCUGAAGACGAGGAAGAAGAAGAGGAAGAGGAAGAUGAGGGUGAGGACGAGGAAGAGGAGAUGGAGGAAGGUGAUGACGGCUACGAGCAGAUCUCCAGCGAUGAGGACGAUCUUGACAACGGUAGCUUCAAGCUGCCCAGCUUCGACAUGGACUACACUCCUGAGGACCUGGCAUCUGUCCCACCGGUCCAGUAUGAUCCAUAUGAACGAGAACUCAGACCCAUGCUUUACUUCACACCCCCAUACAAGACUCGCUUCGACACCCAGUUCGAGAAGGCCUCUGUGGAGGAACCAAUGGACACUGGUGGAACAGAAGAGCCAGCCGGUGGAGAAGAAGCUGAGGCUGUGUCUCAGCUGAGAGAGUUGCUAGCAAGCAUUGGUGAAGAACGAGAUCCUCGCUGGGUUACUGCUGUGGAAGAGGCUCCUGGAAUCCUGACUAAAGGGUUGGCUCAUUUACUUAAACAAGGAGAGCAAGAGAUGGAGAGGACUGUUGGAGUUUUAGUCCAGUGGGCACUUCAGGCUCUGAGUAUGGAGAUCGCACUUACACAGCCCAUUGCUAUUAACCUGAGGCAGUUGAAAGCUGGUGCAAAGCUGGCUUCAUGUCUAGCAGAUUGCCCUCAAGGCCUCACGGUGCUGCUGCGUGAAGGAGCCCUGGACGUGCUACUGGAGCUGCUCCAUGCAGAUCACGUGUCCUCCACACUGAAACUCAGUCUCCUGAGAGCUCUGGGAGCUCUGACAAGCACUCCAGCCGGUGUGGAAGCCUUUCUGCAUACAGGGGAGGCAGAGAAAAGCGGCUACCAGCGUUUGGUCCAGCUGUUCCUGCGUGAAGAAACAGUCAGGGUCAUAACUGCAGGCAAUGCUAUACUGCAGAAAUGCCAUAUGUAUGAGGUUCUCGUUGACCUACAGAGAGCAGCAGCGGCUUGGAGUGAACCACAGCAGGAGGAAAUAGAGGAGGCUGAGAGCCCCAUGGAGGAGGACACAUCACAGAGUCCCUCCCCUGUGAGUGAGGCAGAGCUCGAUAGGCUGGCUGGGGUUUUGGAGGAGUUGAAUCACCUGCUUGAGACGGCCCCUAACUGCAUGGUUCAGCCACCUGGGAAAGCCUUCCCCACUACUUCUAGAAUAACAGGUCCACAGGAGAGGGACGACCCGUACCCAACACUGUACAGGUACAUGCACGCAUGCCAUUUUCUAGAGAGCGCAUCAGUGGUUUUGUCAGCAGCCGCAGCAGCUGGUCACCUCGGUGUAACCCAGGCAGUCAGAGACAUCCUCCGCUUCCUGUCACUCACCCAGUCAGGUCUGCUCUUCCUCCUCGCCCAGCCCGCUCCUUCGAGUCUACUCCUGCGCCUCCUGGCUUCGAUGACAGAAGCUGAGAUCGAGGAAACCACCUUUACAGGGGGAGAAGGAAGCCUCACAGGACCGGGGUUUGGUGAAGAGGGCUUCAGUGUGUGGCUGAUGCAAGCGCUGCACGCCCUGCAGGGUGUGUCUGAACUCAUGAGCCACGUAGCCGCAGGAGGAGACGGGGGAGCUGGAUUGGAGGAAGGGGACAAUGCAGAGGUUCUUGGCAUGCUUCACGCACUCUACCUGAUGACGUUCACGCAGACUGGUCGCAGUGCUGUGGCCCAUGUUCUCAGUUUAGACAAUAACCUGUCCUGCCUGGUCACCCUGCUGCAGCACCACAGCAGCAAGGACGGGCAAGGUGAGGCCAAAGCACGAAAAACCGUGACGUACAACUACGCCUGUAUGCUGGUGUUAGUUGUGGUGCAGAGCUCUAAUGAACUGAGGAUGAUGGAACAAUAUUCUGCUCCACUUCUCACCGUAUCUAAGGCUGAUGACACCAAUGCCAAGUUACAGGAGCUGAGCAAAUGGCUGGAGCCUCUGGACAAACUUCGCUUUGAGAUUGGCAGCAUUCCCACCCUCAUAGACUACAUCAAACAGAAUGUGGAAAAUGUGUUGACUCCUGAGGGAACUGGGCUGGUCACUGCUCUCAGGGUUCUCGGUCACAUUGCUUGCCCCCCACCUGCUGUCGAUGGUCAGCAGAGGGAUCUUAAAUGGAGUCUUGCAGGAGUCCAGCUCUUCUCCGGUGAGGGUCUAGACACAUGUGUGCGUGUCCUACAGAAGCUGUGCAGCGUGCUACUGCAGCCUUGGCGUGUGCACGGACACAUGGGCCCCACACCGCAGCGCUGCAUGAUCCUCAGUGUAUGCAUCAGCACUCUGCGGCUGCUGCGCACCAUGCUGACGGAACUGCUGCGUGGGGGAGCUUUCCAAUUCAGGGACACUCGUGUUGCCAAUGUGUUGGUGACGCUCCAUAUGAUAGUGUGCUCCAUCCCUGCUUCAGGACGUCUAGAUGGAGAGGAAACCAGGGUGCAGGCGCUCAUCAUUGAUGUACUGCUCACAUUCACGCAGGGUGUUAAUGAAGAGGUGACUCACACAGAGGAGACUCUGGCCAGUAACACAUGGUCUCUGAUGCUAAAGGAGGUGCUGGGUUCACUGCUGAAAGCUCCUGAGGGUCUGUUUUCUGGUCUGACGUUGCUGUCAGAGCUCCUUCCUCUUCCACUGCCAAUGCAGAGUACUCAGGUGAUUUCAGUCCAAGAUGUGGCUGUAUCUUUAAACACAAGGAAGCUAUGGAGCAUGCACAUACGAGCCCAGUGGAAAGUGUUUUCAGAGGCAUUUAGGUGUGUGUGCGCUACAAGCUGCCCUCCUCUUAUGGCCAUGCUGAGGAGAAUGUGUGUGCAGCUGGCAGAUCUGUCUUCACCCACUGCGACUCUCAUCAUGAAGACUGUGCUGGAGCUGCUGCUGGAGGAGCUGCAGCCGACGGAGGGGAAAGGUGUGUGCUGGGGCCAGGUCCUGCGUCUCCUGUCUUUGUUGGAUGCUCUGGUGUCACAGAGAGCUUGUAAGAGCGCAGCACUGCACCUGCUGUCUGGCUCCGUAUCAGGAGAUGAACAACUAGCUGAUCUGUUCCCUUCGCUGCUGUCUCUCUUGGUCCCUCCUGCUGAUCAUUCCUUGCAACAGCAGCUUCAAUGCAGCGAAGUAGUGGGGACGAUAUUACAGUCACUGUGUGACCAGGACAUUUCUCUGGUUGUUUCUCCAAACGGAGAGAGCUGUCUGUCAGAGGCAGAGCAGCUCGCUAAUGCACUACCAGGGAGAGAAAUGAUGUCAUCGGUGUGCAGCACCUUGAUGGAGGUUUUGGGGAACUCGGAGAGCAGUGUGCCGCUCUUACUCACCUGUAUCAGGACUCUGACAUUCCUCACUGAGCAUGACUACGGACUUUAUCACCUCAAAGUUGCACUGAAGAAACAUGGGGCAGGUGUGUACUCACUGUUGAAGAGACUAGUGUUUAACUUCAAUAAGGAUUCUGCAGAUCUGCUCUCUGCACUGCUGGACUUCCUCAGACAGAUCGUCAACACAGACACAAUGUGUGUUGAGGAGGGACAGGGGUCCGGUGAAGAGCCUGUCUUCACUCCUCCACGGCUGCUGUCCGGGACUGAGAUGAAAGCUCUGCUGCAGUGGGAGGACUCUGAGUCCCAUCCACUCCCGACUUUAGAGAAACAGAUUACGAAACUGUGUAAGGAGGAUGAGUCACUGGAGACGCUGUUGGAGAAUGUGAUUGUUCUGAGGCAGACACUGGAGACAGUCACAGACACACCUCCUGUGGCUGACACUGAGCCCACUCUGCCAGCGCCAGAGACACUUGGAGCUCAGUUUAACCACAGGACUGUGUUCAUUCUGUCAGAAGCUCUGGAUGAGCAGCUGAAGACCCUCUGGUUCUCUCCUUUCCAAACUGAUGACAUAGAGACAGAUCUUGACAUGGUAAAGGUGGAUCUCGUGGGUCUGGCUCAGGAGUGCUGCCCAGAACUGGACCUGAAAGCAGAGCUGGAGCGCUCCUUCCUCUCUGAACCCUCAUCUCCUGGUCACACAAAACCUCCAAAAGGUUUCAGACUAGGAAAACACAAGCAUGAGACCUUUAUCACAUCAAGCGGUAAAUCCGACUAUGUUGAGCCGGCUAAGAGAGCCCACAUCAUGGCAGCGCCUCGCGGACGUGGAGGCCGAGGAGGGUUUGGACAGAAUCUCACCCGACCCCAUGAUAUUUUCCGCCAGCGUAAACAGAACACUUCCCGUCCUCCCAGCAUGCAUGUGGAUGACUUUGUGGCAGCUGAGUUUAAAGACAUUGCAACUCCUCCUGGACUUUUACCCCCUAAAAGGCCCCCUAAAAGCUCACCUAAACCUCCCACAAGAGGACUCUUUACUGGAAACAGAGGCAGAGGCACCUUCCACAGUCAGACUCGGUUUUUCACUCCACCACAACCCAAAGGUGUUCUGCUCUCAGGUAAUUACACUCGCAGGGAAGGAGGCCGUGGUUCAUCGUGGAGCGGACAAGUCCCAGCUGUUACUCACAGAGGAACCUACAGUGAACCCCGUGGCGGUCAGAGCAACUUCACACGUGGACCACUGCCCUCUCGACAACCACCAGCAAGUGCAUAUCGUCUGGCUCCGCGUGACAGAGCUCCACGAGGAAGAGGAGGUGCCGGGCUCUCGUGGCUCAGUGCAGGAGGAGGCGGCGGAGGUGCCGGAGGAGGCGGCGGGGGAAGUGGAGGAGGAGGGAGAGGAUCUCAGGGAAGCAAGUUCAGUGGUGGGGGAGGUAGCGGAGGUGGGAGGGGCAGACACGUUCGUUCCUUCACGAGGUAAACUCACCUGGGCAAAGACUGCAGCCUUUUAUGGCAACAUAUGGACCAAUCAGGAUCUUAUAUAUACUGUCUCCAUGGAAACGUGGUGGGAUUAUGUUGUCACAAUGACGUACAGACUCUGUUGAUGUUUUAUGUUUGGAUUUCAUGAGUUGUAUUUAGACAAUAAAGGUCA